CUCUCCUCCCCCUGUCUCGCCGCCGCCGCCUCUUGCUUCGCCGGUCACCCCGCUCAAGAUGUUGGGCGUCGCCGACGGAGGGACGCCGGAGGUCACCCUGCAGACCUCCAUGGGAGAAUUCACCGUCGAGAUGUACCACAAGCACGCUCCCAAGACCUGCAGGAACUUCAUCGAGCUCUCGCGCCGCGGAAACUACAACGACGUCAUCUUCCACCGCAUCAUCAAGGAUUUCAUCGUGCAAGGUGGGGAUCCUUCUGGAACAGGCAGGGGCGGCGAAUCCAUCUACGGAGCAAAGUUUGAGGACGAGAUAAGGCCAGAACUGAAGCACACCGGGGCUGGGAUUCUAUCGAUGGCAAAUGCUGGUCCAAAUACAAACGGAAGCCAGUUCUUCAUAACUCUUGCUCCUUGUCAGUCACUGGAUGGGAAGCACACAAUUUUUGGGAGAGUGUGCAGGGGAAUGGACAUUGUCAAGCGCCUUGGAAGCAUUCAGACAGACAAGAACGAUAGGCCCAUCCAUGAAGUGAAAAUCCUGAAGACUAGUGUCAAAGAUUGAAGCACGCUGGUCCUGCGUGUUGUCAUGACCUCUGAUCUGGCUGUGUCCGAUUCCUAAGUCUUGUAAUGUAAUGCAUUUUGGAGAAGUGAUACCAGCCAUUGGCAAACUUGUACUUUGGUGUUCCCUUUUAACAGCCGAUGGAUCCUUGAUCUA